AUGGGUCGUCGUCAAAACGACUCAGAUUUCGGUAGAUUCGCGCUUCUCGCCCUCUUAUUCAUUGGCACAAUCUCUUGCUCCGCUGUGUACAUUUUCCUUACCGUGGUCUUCAGUCCCGUCAAUGAAUCUCUGCCUUCUGUGGAAGAAGUGGAGGGUCCAAAAGAGGGGCAAUGUUGCAGCGGGAUUGAGCAUUUGGAACUUUGGGGUGAUGCUGUCAAAUGGGGUUCUGAAUUUAUGUUGAAUUCCUCUGAGGAAUGUUGCAUGGCGUGUAAGAGAAUGUGUACCGGUGAGGGAGGGUCCUGUUUGUGUAAUUCCUGGGUUUAUUGUGGAGAUAGAGAGGCGUGUGGUCCUAGAUUUGGUGAGUGUUGGUUAAAAAAACAAAAGGAUGCUUUAAAUCCUGAUCGACGAGCCUCGGGAGAUCUAGUAAUGUGGACUUCAGGGUUUGUCUUUGAUAAGGACGAGGGAAUCGUUGGUAUGGAAACCGACUAUGGAAUUGUUCGUAUAAAACUUUUUCCUGAAUGUGCUCCACAUUCUGUUGCCUACAUUCUUGAGCUCUUGGCAUUGCCUCACUGUGCUGGUUGUCAGAUUCAUAGAGCUGAAAGCCGAGGAAACUUUUGGGAUUUAGAAGGAAAUCACAUAAAAAAGACUCCAUGUGGUCCUCCUUAUGCACUUAUUCAAGGAAUAUUGGACUCCUAUGGUAUGUUCAAGGAUAUUCCAAAAGAGUACUGUCCUAUCAUAAGAAGAGGAUCUGUAGCAUGGGUUGGUUCUGGUCCAGAAUUCUUCAUCAGCCUUGCUGGUCACGAGGAAUGGAGAAAUUCAUACACCGUUUUUGGCAAUGUUCUAUCUGAAGAUAUGGAAAUUUUAGAGAAAAUUUCUCAGCUUCCAACUAAAUCUGAAAUUUGGAAUAACAUCAAGAUGUCUAUCUUGGAGAACCCAGUUUCAUUACGGUUUCGAAGAAUGAACACCUAG